AUCAUGAUUUCUGAUCUUAAUUCUUCAAAAUUUGUGCUCGAUUUGCUGUCGACUAUGGUCUCUUUGCUCUGCUUUUAAUUUCCAUUCCUCGUUUUUUUUCUCGUUUCUUGACUUUUUCUUCUCUCUCUCUCUCUCUCUCUCUCUCUCUCUAUAUAUAUAUAUAUAUAUUUAUACACAUGCAUAUUCAUGUAUUUAUGUCCGUGAUUGAUGUAAUUUGGUUGAGGCGGCAAUGGUCAAGUCGAGUAAUUUUGUUUGCGGUUAUUCAGAGUGAGGUAUUGGUACCAAGGAUUUGUGAAUUUCUGCGAUUGUUAUCUCUGGAUCAGUAGCGGAAUUCAUAAAUUGUGCAAAGGGAGGUAGAAAUAUUUAGAUUUGGAAGGAUCGGAGUAAAAUUAUAUAGAUUUUGGGGGCCAAAAUGUUCAUUUCUUGUGAUCUUGAGUGCUUGAUGAAGGCUCAAUCCAAACAGCACACAAUAUUUUUCUCGAAUUUUGAUCUGAAACGAAUCCAAACAGCAUGCGCUUGUUUUUUUGUGUGAAAGGACUGGAAUAUUUCUUUACAAUAUGGAUUCUUGAAAUUUGUGUGUAAUCAGCUAACCAUUACUGUGAAAAGCUUUGGUACAUAACUUACAUCUAUGUUGGUGUAGAAUGGAAGAAAAAAUAUAUUCAUGUAGCCGACUCCAAUCGAUUGGGACAUAUGGCUUGGUUUGGAUAGUUUGCACAAAAGAGAAUUUUGCUCAAUUGAACCAAACACGGCCUAAAGUUAUUCACUUUCAUACCUUAUUCCUUUCCCUUUCCUCCGGCAUGGUGCAGUUGCCAUAGUAGAUUUGGUUUCCAACAGACAUUGUGCUUCAACCAUAGUACACAUGAACUGCGUUGUGAAUGCUGAAGUUCUAAAAGUUGCAUGUUUCUUCAUUCCAUGUGUAGGCUGAUUUGAUUAUUUCUUUUGCAGAGACUCAUUGCAGUUUGUGGUAGUAUAUACACUACUUCUGUCUAGCUUUGCCGCCAAGUUUUUUUGUGUCAAUAUGCAUGAGAUAACAGAGUUUACAGACAACAGAAAUUCAUCGGAACAGGACGGUGAGGCAGGGACCAUGCCAAAGAAUGAUAUUUUGGACUUGCCACCAGAUAAAAUCCACUCAAGGCAUAUUGGGGACAAUGUUGCAAGCUCAUCAGGGACCAAUUUAAGAUCAUCUUUCAUAGGGAUGGGAUUCUCACAAUCUCUUGUUGACAAAGUGAUUGAAGAAAAGGGUGAAGAUGAUGUUGACUUAUUACUGGAGACGCUCUUUGCAUAUUCUGCUCUUCAAAAACCACAAUCUGAGUCCUCAGAUUCUUUGGAUGGUUUAUUUUGUGACAAGAAGGAUGAAAUAGCUGCAGAUAGUCAUCCAAAAGAGGUUCUUCAUAAACAGAAUUCCAAAUCAUCAGAUUCUCUGGAAAGCUUGUUUGGUGAUGACAAGGACACAAGCUGUUCCCCUAACAUUGCAGGGGAAAUGUGUCCAAAAGAGGAGACUGAUAUACAUAAUGCAGUAAAUGAUGACAGAAGAGCAUCCUUGCUCAUGAUGAAUUUCUCUCUGGAUGAAAUCAAUUUUGCGAUGGAGAAGCUCGGUGAAGAUGCUCCAGUCAAUGAACUGGUGGACUUUAUCUUUGCUGCUCAGGUAUCUGAACACCAAGCACAUGAUAAGGAUAACACUUGUCACGGCAAUGAAGAAAGGAACAAGGAAGCUUCUAAGUUGAUUACGGACAAGACACUUCGUUUGCUUGAAAUGGGAUUCUCAGAGAAUCAAAUUUCUGCAGCUAUUGAGAAGUAUG